AUUCCGAUCAACGAGAAACUCGUGGACGUCGAGUGAUCUCACACGAAGCAAAUACGAAGUAGGUUCAGUAGCAUAAUGUUUCAUGGGAAGGGGGCGCAGCCGUCUCGACACAACAACCUUCUCAGAUGUUUCGAGAAGGUCAAGCUUCCCUUCAAUGUCCCCUCUUGCUCUUCGUCUUGCUCUUGUUCAAGCGUUAUCGGGGAACAUCGAUUUAUCUUUGUGCAUUCCCAUAAGCGCCCACGAUCUGCUCCAUCUGGCCGAGAAAACAAGUGAUGGUGCUAGGUGCCAUUAUUUCCCCUCGGCAGGGAUACCGGGGAAUAUGGUCUCGUAUCUCUAUAUAGUCAAGCAGGGGCCUGGCGUCGCUAUAGCAUAGCAGUACGCGUAAUAAGACAUCAAUUGUAACACCAGUGCAGCGCUGGUUUCUGCUUUCUGUGCGCUGUUUGCCCUGCGUUUCAAUAAAAUACAUUUUAAUUAAUAUUAAUAGCCGCGUCGGCUCUGACGUCUGAUAUCACAAGAACGCAACUUCUCUCCUCUUUUUCAACGCCCUUCAUCCCACAACCUUCAACUUCUCC